AACGCGCAGAACUGGGUAAGUUGGGGAGGAAGGCGAGACGGCGAGGAGCGGAGGGGCUGUGGGAGCAGCUCGUUCCGGAGCCGCCGCCUCUCUCCCGCCUCCUCCGCAUCCUUCUAGGAGCGCGGAGGUGGGUUCCGGGGCCGCGGCGCCUCUCGGCUGGGGCCGUGAGUGGUUGCGAGGCAGAGGGGCGCGGCGCAGGGUGGGGGUCUCGCCCUAGCUUGGCGCAGCGUGCGGUCCGAGCCACCGUUCGUGGGAAGAACGCCCCCCCUCCCCAGCGCCUCCGCUCAGAAUCUUGCUCUGUUGCCAGACUAGAGUGCAGUGGUGCGACCUUGGCUCACUGCCACCUCCACCUCACUGGUUCAAGUGAUUCUCCUGCCUCAGCCUCCCGAGUAGCUGGGACUACAGUGUCUAGAAAGGAUCAAACAACAAAUAAUGAAUGAACAGAUAGUCCCAGGCCCAUUCUGACUUCUAGGAGUAUCUUAGGGCCAGAAUUCCCAGCUGGAGAUAAUGGAAUGGAGGGCCCUUCCAUUAAAGGGAAUGCAGAGAGCAACCAAUGUCACCUACCAAGCCCAUCAUGUCAGCAGGAACAAGAGAGGUCAGGUGGUGGGGACCAGAGGUGGCUUUCGUGGUUGUACAGUUUGGCUAACAGGCUUGUCUGGAGCAGGAAAGACUACUGUGAGCAUGGCCUUGGAGGAGUACCUGGUUUGUCAUGGUAUUCCAUGCUACACUCUGGAUGGUGACAAUAUUCGUCAAGGUCUCAAUAAAAAUCUUGGCUUUAGUCCUGAAGACAGAGAAGAGAAUGUUCGACGCAUCGCAGAAGUUGCUAAACUGUUUGCAGAUGCUGGCUUAGUGUGCAUCACAAGUUUCAUAUCACCUUAUACUCAGGAUCGCAACAAUGCAAGGCAAAUUCAUGAGGGUGCAAGUUUACCGUUUUUUGAAGUAUUUGUUGAUGCUCCUCUGCAUGUUUGUGAACAGAGGGAUGUCAAAGGACUCUACAAAAAAGCCCGGGCAGGAGAAAUUAAAGGUUUCACUGGGAUCGAUUCUGAAUAUGAAAAGCCAGAGGCCCCUGAGUUGGUGCUGAAAACAGACUCCUGUGAUGUAAAUGACUGUGUCCAGCAAGUUGUGGAACUUCUACAGGAACGGGAUAUUGUACCUGUGGAUGCAUCUUAUGAAGUAAAAGAACUAUAUGUGCCAGAAAAUAAACUUCAUUUGGCAAAAACAGAUGCGGAAACAUUACCAGCCCUGAAAAUUAAUAAAGUGGAUAUGCAGUGGGUGCAGGUUUUGGCAGAAGGUUGGGCAACCCCAUUGAAUGGCUUUAUGAGAGAGAGGGAGUACUUGCAGUGCCUUCAUUUUGAUUGUCUUCUGGAUGGAGGUGUCAUUAACUUGUCAGUACCUAUAGUUCUGACUGCGACUCAUGAAGAUAAAGAGAGGCUGGAUGGCUGUACAGCAUUUGCUCUGAUGUAUGAGGGCCGCCGAGUGGCCAUUCUUCGCAAUCCAGAGUUUUUUGAGCACAGGAAAGAGGAGCGCUGUGCCCGACAGUGGGGAACAACGUGCAAGAACCACCCCUAUAUUAAGAUGGUUAUGGAACAAGGAGAUUGGCUGAUUGGAGGAGAUCUUCAAGUCUUGGAUCGAGUUUAUUGGAAUGAUGGUCUUGAUCAGUAUCGUCUUACUCCUACUGAGCUAAAGCAGAAAUUUAAAGAUAUGAAUGCUGAUGCUGUCUUUGCAUUUCAACUACGCAACCCAGUACACAAUGGACAUGCCCUGUUAAUGCAGGAUACCCAUAAGCAACUUCUAGAGAGGGGUUACCGGCGCCCCGUCCUCCUCCUCCACCCUUUGGGUGGCUGGACAAAGGAUGACGAUGUUCCUUUGAUGUGGCGUAUGAAGCAGCAUGCUGCAGUGUUGGAGGAAGGAGUUCUGAAUCCUGAAACAACAGUGGUGGCCAUCUUCCCAUCUCCUAUGAUGUAUGCCGGACCAACUGAGGUCCAGUGGCAUUGCAGAGCACGGAUGGUUGCAGGAGCCAACUUUUACAUUGUUGGACGAGACCCUGCUGGCAUGCCUCAUCCAGAAACAGGGAAGGAUCUUUAUGAGCCAAGUCAUGGUGCCAAAGUGCUGACGAUGGCCCCUGGUUUAAUCACUUUGGAAAUAGUUCCCUUUCGAGUUGCAGCUUACAACAAGAAAAAGAAGCGUAUGGACUACUAUGACUCUGAACACCAUGAAGACUUUGAAUUUAUUUCAGGAACACGAAUGCGCAAACUUGCUCGAGAAGGCCAGAAACCACCUGAAGGUUUCAUGGCUCCGAAGGCUUGGACCGUGCUGACGGAAUACUACAAAUCCUUGGAGAAAGCUUAGGCUGUUAACCCAGUCACUCCACCUUUGACACGUUACUAGUAACAAGAGGGGACCACAUAGUCUCUGUUGGCAUUUCUUUGUGGUGUCUGUCUGGACAUGCUUCCUAAAAACAGACCAUUUUCUUUAACUUGCAUCAGUUUUGGUCUGCCUUAUGAGUUCUGUUUUGAACAAGUGUAACAAACACACUGAUGGUUUUAAUGUAUCUUUUCCACUUAUUAUAGUUAUAUUCCUACAAUACAAUUUUAAAAUUUUGUCUUUUUAUAUUAUAUUUAUGCUUCCGUCUCAUGAUUUUUCAAGCUGUUAUAUUAGUUGUAACCAGUAGUAUACACAUUAAAUCUUGCCCUUUUUCCCCUUAGAAAAAGAAAAAAUUACCAAACAAUAAACUUGACUAGACCUUGUUUUGAGGAUUUUACAAGACAUCUGUAGCAAUUAGAUUUUUUUUCUACGUUGAAAAUAGAAACUGCUUCCUUUCUUCUUUCCAGUCAGCUAUUGAUCUUUCCAGCUGUUAUAAUCUAAAGUACUCUUAUGAUCUGUGUAAGCUCUGAAUGAACUUCUUUACUCAAUAAAAUUAAUUUUUUGGCUUCUUA